AUGGCUCAGCAAGACCGCCAAUACGAGCUGAUCCUCUUGGGUGCCACGGGUUACACUGGGGCUCUCGUCGCAGAGUGGGUAACCACACAUCUCCCGGACGACCUUCAGUGGGCCGUCGCUGGACGCAAUGCAAAGAAACUACAGAGUGUCGUCGACAACUUGAGCAAACUGAGGCCAGAUCGCAAGCAGCCAGCCAUUGAGACAUGCGAGCUCGAGCAAUCGCAACUAGAAACGCUCGUGAAGAAGACCAAGCUCAUCAUCACAACCGUGGGCCCCUUUAUGCACUAUGGCGAGCCCGUACUCGCCGCCUGUGUCAACAACGGCACGCAUUACCUCGACUCAACGGGCGAGGUACCCUGGAUCUACGACAUGAUUGCAAAGUAUGACGAACUUGCCAAGAAGAACAAGACCAUCAUCAUCCCAGAAUGCGGUUUGGACUCCGUUCCCGCAGACAUUAUGGCGUACGUCCUCGCACGCCAAGUGCGCAAGCGCUACAACGCCCCCUGCGAACGCGCCAUCCUGACACUCUACGACUUCAAGUCUGGAAUCAGCGGUGGCACUUCCCUUACCAUGCUUGAGCUGUUCAAAAAGUACCCUCUGAGCCAUCUCGCAAAGUCGAUGCACCCGUAUUCGCUAUCGCCCGUCAAGGCGGACCAGGUGGUCGGCUCGCCACCAGCCAGCUUCCCGUACAACCUGUUCGGACUGCUAAGCAUCCCAGAACUAGGUGGUAUUCAAACCACGGGUCUCAUGGCCAGCGUUGAUGUAUGCAUUGCUCACCGCUCAUGGGGUCUAUACCAGACCUCUUCCGACGAAACGCAGCAAUACGGCCCCAAGUUCCGCUUCAACGAGUUCGCGCGCGCACCUAGUUUCUUCAUGGGUCUUGCGCAAAAGGCUGUUCUUACUGCCGUUGCGAUUGUUCUCGCGAUUCCUGCCAUACGCUGGAUCCUAGAGCCGCUCCUCAAGAAGGUUAUCCCGAGCCCUGGCUCAGGACCCUCAAAGGAGAGCAUGAAGGAUGACUUUAUGCACUACCGCGGUGUGGGCUCUACCGCGCAGGGAAAGAAGGUUAUCGCGCACCUGGAGGUUGCGCACGGUGGUUACGUGGCGACGGCUAUGACGCUCAGUGCUGCUGCCAGGGUUAUCUUGAGGGGCAGACUUGAGGACACUGAGGCUGGUAGGCUUGGUGGUGGCAUCCUCACGCCUGCGACGUUGGGAGAUGUGUACAUAGAGACUCUCAAUGAGUUUGGAAUGAAGAUUAGGGUUGAUGAGUAGGUGUCUUUGGAAUAGAUCGUAAGCUUUGUACGACCUCGCAUGGUCGAAUUAGAUACACAACUACGCCAUA